GGUAAUGGGUUAUGCAUUUAUUACUCAAAAUUUGUAGGCAGUUACAGACAGUUAUAUCAUUUGAAAAUACGAGAAUUGAGAUUUAGAAAUUGUAUUCAAUGUCCCUCUGCCCUUUUCCUCAAUAGUUAUAUUAUUUUUAGUAUUUGAGUCGACCAAUCAUCGAAUGAACAAACUAUAGAAUUUGAAAUACACGUAAAAAACUCGAACAUACUAAACUCAGCAAAGGUUUUGUCACUGAGUUAAGUAUAAGAACCUGAUACACACAUUUGUAUGCUAUGAGGAUUAUAAUUCAGAAAUGUUGAGAACGCUUUUGUACCAGAAUUUAAGUAUGCUAAAUGAUUGUCUAUGAGUGUGGAAGAUUUUGUUUUAUACUUUUCUAGCUGGGAAAAAAAAAGUUUGUUUCAUGUCUUUAUUACUACAAAUUUGUGACCAUUAACUUGUACUUGCAAAGAUUCAAACACAACAAUGACAUGGAAAACUGGCUUUCACAUCCCAUGAGGGAGAGCAACCUGCAAUUAUUUGCCCUUGUUUCUAUAUGGAUCUCAAGAAAAAUGCAUGAUUCUUAUCCCCUAUCUGUAAAAUGUUUGAAAUCUUUGGGAGACAAGAUGAUUAAGGAGCAACAUUUUACAACUCGUGAUUUCUUGGAAUCAGAGGUGGUCCUAAUGCAGGUAAAUCCCAUAGAACUAUGGUGGAUGGUUGCAGUUGUCAGCUUCAACUGAGAUGUUUUUCUACUCUUUCUCUUCUUCUUGAUAGGUAUUGAAUUUUGAGAUUGGUACAUCUAAUAUUGCUUUGAAAUUCCUCGAGGAGCUUUUCAUUCAGUUCAAGUGAAUUUUUUUUUUUUUUUUUGGGUGUCAUCAUUAUAACAUAUGUUGG